AUGACAAUCCCACCCAUCGAAUCUUUCCCUCUGCUCGACGGGACAUCCAUCCCCUGGCUUGCAUGGGGCAACGGUACAGGCGGUGCGCGACGCAACGCAGUCGAGUGCGGACACCUUGCGCUGGCUGGCGGUGUGCGCCAUAUCGAUACCGCACAGCUGUAUGAGAAUGAACGUGAGACGGGCGAGGCGAUCCGCCUCGCGGGUUUGAAAAGGGAGGAUGUGUAUGUGACGUCGAAGAUCUCAUGCACCGAAAAUGACACACCCCUCCCCCUCUCCGCCGUACCCGCGUCAAUCCAGGCCUCGCUCGACCGCCUCGGCUCCAUCCCGGACCUAUACCUCAUCCACAACCCCUUCGUCGCCCGACCGGGAGAGCUCAAGGCUUUGUGGCACGUCCUCGAAGACUUCAAGGAGCAGGGGAAGUUGAAGAGUAUAGGCGUGAGCAACUUCCGCCCACAGGAUUUAGAGGAGAUUUUAGAGGGCGCGAGGUAUACGCCAGUUGUUAACCAGAUCGAGUACCACCCAUACACACUCGCGCACCUUCAACCCCUCCUCGAUCUACACGCGCGCCACGGCAUCGUUACAGCAUCCUACGGGACCCUCACUCCGCUCCUACGUCACCCAAGCGGCGGGGGACCGCUCGCACCCAUUCUCCAACGCAUCGCGUCCCGGCUCUCGGAUGCACUGGGAAAGCAGGUUGAGAAGAGUACGGUGCUGAUGUUGUGGGCGCGUGCGAGGGGCGUGGUGGUGGUUACGGCCAGCGGGAAUGCGGAGCGGGUGAAAAAGCUUGGAGAGAUUGCGUCGUUGCCUCCGGGGCUGUUGACGGAGAAGGAGGUAGAGGAGAUUACGAGGGUUGGGAGGGGUGUGCAUUUUAGAUAUUAUACGGAGCAUAUGGAGAAGGACUUUCCUGUCCCUGAUCUUCCCCGUGAAUAG